AAUGGGGGCUCCCAAGCAACUGCUUGUUUUGCUUGUAGGUAAUUCCGGCCCUGCAAGUCCGAGUUGCUAGCGAAGAUCAAAUGAAAUUGAAAACUAAUACGGUAAAGUCUGUGCCAUUCUGCAGCACCACUUGUUGUUGUUGAAAGAUAGGAAUAGUGGUUCAAGACCAAGAAUGCAUUUGUAUAUACCGCUGGUGACAAGCAUCUAAGGAGUGCCAAAAUCAAAAGACAAAGUGAAACGCCCAAUAUUCAAGGAAUAAAGCACGUCGUGCUAGUUGUGACACGUGAGCGAACACAUGUUCAUCUUAUGUGCUCUAAUGUACCUCCAUGUGGCACUAAUAUUGAAAUAUGCUAUGUAAAGAAGAGUUGACUUGAGUGGCGUUCAGAGUUCCUAUUGCAAGAAUAAUAAAGAAUAUCAAUUUAAUACGGUUGAAUGUGAUUAUCUGUAUCAACAAUGGAAGGAAGUGUUGAAAUAUUAUUAAAUCAUCUUGAAAAUAAAGAAAAGUGCGUUAAUUCUGUAAUUUUACGCUUGGCAUCUUCACUGCUGAGUACUAAACAUGUUAGUAGUGAUUGCACCUAUUUCAGAAAGAAGUUAGAAACACUCAAUAUAGUGAUGAAAGUUGAAUGUCUAUCAAAUCGAACCAAAAUCCCAGAAAACGGGGAAUAUUUGCGUGUGAUCGAAGAAGUUGUAGAUAAGUGCAUUAAAAUUCUCUGUGGUCUUGCAGAUGGGAAAGAUUUAUGCAUACCUGUAAUUUGUGAUGUUUUAUGUUCCUCCUUAGCACUGUUACCACCAUAUUUAAUGAAUGAUAAAAUCACAAUUAUUAUGCAUAAUUGUAAAAGAUUUUUGAUGGAAUUAGUGAAGAGUCCUUCAUUAAUGAGUGAAGAUUUACAAAAUUCAUCUACUGAAGUUGUAAAAUUGGGAAUUAAUUUACGCAUAUGGGAAUCUGUUAUUAGUUUACUGACUUCAUGGGGAAACAAGUCUGAGUGUGCCGGGGAAGGGAAUCCAAAUAAAGAUAAUAUAUCUAUAUUUGAUGAUGAAUUUAUUGAGUUACUGUUGAAGAUUAUAAGUUAUGAACAUGAUAUUCUAACUUCCCAAAUAUUACUAUGUGUCAUUCCAAAACUAGUCUCUCUUACCAAAACUAAUUCAGUAUUAGAAAAACUUUGGAAUUACAUCACAGACCUUUCAUCUGUAAGCAAUGGCCAGAAAGUGACCCCUCAUGUCUUCUUAAUAAUGUGUGCACUGUCUGAUUAUUUCAUACCAUGUGAACAAGAUAUAUCCUACUCUUUCCCUGUGAGUAAAAAUGAUGAAUUUUGGAGAUUAUUACAAUGUGGUCUGGCUUCCCAUGAUGCAUUAAUGAGAAAGCAAGCAUUGUAUUUAUUAAAAAGGGCUGUAGAGCGAGAAUCAACUAUUCCUUCUCUGGUUUGUAAUAAAUCAAAAGUGGUUUUAUUUUGGUGGGAUCAGCAAAAUUCUCAAAAUUUCCAAAAAAUAUGGGAGGAACUAUUUCUUUUUCUAGAAGUUUUGGAAGAGAAACAAAUGCAUCUUAUUGAACCUGUGCAGCCUGUCAUCUCAUCUCUAAUCAAAGCAUGCCAGAAAUCUCUGAUACAUUCAUCUUGGAUUUUGUGUGUUAUUCAUCGAGCUUUGAGGCAUGAAAGCAAUGCUGUUGUAAAAUGGGGUAUUCUGUGCUUUACAGAGUUGGACAUUAAUCUGUAUAUGGUUUAUAAUGUGAACUAUGCAGAUAUUGUGUUCUCAUUGGUAAAUGCUUUGAACAGUUCAUCCAUGUACAUUAUGAACAGUAAAAAUUUGUUAGUGCCUGAAGUUGUGAGAGGGUUAAGGAGUUUCUUUGUUUCUAUUGCUGAUACUGAUCCAGAGUGCCGUAAGAAUUUUUUUAGACACUUAUUAAAAUCUAUUGUCGAAGUCUCAUGGGGUCCAGUGGCAUUAUUUUAUGUUGUAUUUGCAUUAGCUGCUGUACCAAAAUGUCCUGUGUGGGCUGCCCACAAUAUUCAGAUAAUGAAGAAUUUUUUGGUGGAAGCUCUUGCUACACAAGUGGUUCAUAUACGAGGAGCUAUUCAGUCUUUUUUUAUUGAUAUAUUAAUAAAUCUUACUGAUGAACAACAAUUAGAAGUGAGUGCAGUAGCUGAGAUGAUGGGUAGUUUCAGCAAAAGUGAGGGACUGAGAAGGGGAUCCUCUUCUUGGCAUAAUGUUAUUUUAUGGUUGAAAUCAUUUGUAAGUAAAGCAUGUGCUUUUAGGUAUGCACAAAAAUCCUUUGAUGCAGUUAUAAAUGAUAACCUGGAAUGUGAGAAACUCACUGCUGCUAGAAUGAUCAUUCUCUUAUCAGAUGCUGAUUUAAUUUGCCUUGAUGCCUUUAAUAGUAGUGGCUUGUACAGUUUAAGUAAUGCGUUAUUAUCUCUUGUUGAACAUUUUGAAAACUGCCAUGAAAGAUUAUACGUUUGCCAUGCUAAACAAGAUUCAUGUUUGGAAAUGUUAAUUCAUUUACUUAAAGAGAGUCAGCCAAUUGUAGAAAAUGAUUUAACGGGAAAAUACAUCCUCUCUUUGAUAUUUAAGAUUAUACCAGGAGUGUUUUACUGUAUAAAGAGAUACAUGUUUUCCGCUUAUAACUUGGAGAGUUUUGACACUUCUGUGAUGUAUUUACAUUCAUUGAACAUUCUUUCAAAUGAACCUAAAUUACAAUGUAAUCUUCUGAAGCAUGCAGAAAUGUUACAGAGUGCUUGUUUUUCUAUUGCUUCUUUAGAAAAUGCUACACCUAUGUCUGAGUACUUUAGUAUUAAAGUCUUAUCUUGGAUAUCUAAUUUGAUGAAUGAGAGUUACAAAACCGAUGAACAUUAUGUCAAGACUUCUGCUCUCUUUGAAAAGCAAAUGGCCUUCUCAGAGAAUAUGCUUAAAAGGAAGAAUUUGAAUUGUAUUUUGAUAAAAGCUCAACAAGAUAAGCAGCUGACACGAGAUAUGCAAACACUAUGGGGUAGACUUGUAGCGGAGUAUAUGCAAAGUACAUGGUUUGUAUUGAAUUUUUAUAUUGAGAUGAAAACAAAUUCCUCUGAGUUGCAAAUGGAAUUUGAAUUUGCAAGCUAUAUUUUGACUGAAGCAGAAGAAGCUCUUGAAGUAGGUGGAAGAGGAAUGUUGAUUCCAGUGAUGUCAGUGAUGCAACAAAUUGCUCAUCUUCUUGUUACAAGUGAGACCAGAGAGAAAGUCAAAAGGUUUAUAGCAUUAUGUUGGACUGGUAUCUUCGAGCUUCGUAAAUCUGAGCUUUUCUGGAUUUCCAUGGAGAAGUAUGUUCAAAUGACAUUUCAGAAGUGUUUAAUCAAUGACUCUGAAAUGAGUGAAAUACUUCUACAAUAUGCCCGAAAGAUUUUCAUCCAAGGAGAAUCUGUGACAGGUCUUUGCAACAAAUUACUGCAGCAGUUGCAGGAAGUAGCUAAGCACUACAACUUGGGCAUCUUUCAACCUUUUGCAGACAUUUUGGUUGAUGCCCUACUUUUUGGACCUGUCUAUAGACGAGAUAGAAAUUCCAAUAAUAUUGCACAUUUUCUGUUUGAAGAAUCGAUGAUGAAACCUGUGCUUUCAUUAAAUCGUUGGGUGAUAAGUGUUGCAUUAAUGAUGCUUAUGACAUGUAAGUUGACUGGUUACUGUUCUGAUACUGAAGUGAGAGCCAGAGCUAUUAAUUUACUUCUGUACUGUCAAGACAAUGAGACAUUCAGUGGUGUGGAAAUCACUGUGAAGAUUGUGAAUAUAUUGUUGCUUAAAGAUGCACUUGCAUCACGACAGAGAAGUCGUUAUUUUGCUGAUUCUUAUCAUCAUAGACUCAAAAAUCGUAUAAUGCAAGUUCUGCUUCUACUAGAACCUUUGUUACCAGAGGAAGAAUGUGAGAAGCUGACAACUUAUUUGCGAAGUAGUGUGUUGACCGAGAAUCAUCAACCAAGUGUGAGAUAUUUGCAAGAAUGGAUUCUUAUCAGAUUAAUGAUCAAGAAUCCUAAAGCGCAUUUUCUAAUCUGGGAUGUGUUUCAAGCAGCUGCAGAGACUAAACCAGGAAGUUUGUGUUCAUUUAUUUCAAUUGUAUACCACAUUGCACGUAUGCUUCCAAAAGAUGGUUUGGAGGAAUUUAUAGACAAAGCUAUUAAAGAAAUGUUGCCAUGCACCAUGACCCAGCAUUUCAAUGUUCGUCUGUAUGCGCAGGUGUCUCUUUCCAAACUUUGGGAAUAUGCUGAGGAAAAAGCUCUAUCUAAUGUUACUGAAAAGUAUCGUAUCAUGUAUUUGGGCAUUAUGACUUGUUUGCGUGCUCCUUCCAGUUCAAAAAGUGUUAAGAAACUUGAAGAUUUCUAUUUCACAGCAUUUCAUCCACUAGAACACUACAGCUUGCAGACUAUAUUUUAUGAGCUUCCACGCUUAACAAAUGUAACUCAAGAUGAAUGGAUUUCACCAGAGACUCUACUGAGUUGUGGGCUGAAGACAACUUUUCCUGUAUUUAAUAAGAGGACGGAUUUACAAGACUGUGAACAUCUUUCUAGUAUAGUUAAAUCAGAAUUGCUUCCUGAUGAUGAUGCAUUGUGCACGGAAGUAGCAAAUGUUCAAAAGAAAAUAAUUCCAUGGAAGGCCAUGGUUCCUGAUCCUGAAAUGUUGUUGUCUCUAUCUGAAACCAUUAUGCGGAGAAAACAAAUGAUCUUAGAAGAAGGCUUAAUAAUAGUAGCUUCCCUCAUAGAUCGCCCUCCAAAUCUUGGUGGUCUAAGUCGAACUUGUGAAGCCUUUGGUGUUUGUCAGUAUGUUAUUGGAAAUAUUAAAUACCUGGAAGAUAAACAAUUUCAGACAUUAAGUGUAAGUGCUGAAAGAUGGAUUUCUAUCAGAGAGAUUAAACCUCACGAUCUUGCAUUAUAUUUGGAAGAUAUGAAAUGUAGAGGAUACACAAUUGUGGGUGCUGAACAGACAGCAAAUAGCAUUCUUUUGAGUAAAGUGAAAUUUCCAAAAAGAACCCUAUUAUUGCUGGGGAAUGAAAAGGAAGGAAUACCAGUGAAUUUGUUGCCACUACUGGAUAUGUGUGUUGAGGUACCCCAACAGGGAGUCAUACGAUCAUUGAAUGUCCAUGUUACUGGAGCAAUCUUCAUAUGGGAGUAUGCCCGCCAACAUAAUGUGAAGCAUUGAAGCAAAAUGUGAAGUUGGAGAUCGCUGUUAAGAGUAAAUAUAU